GUCGUUUCGCUUGAUGUCCUUCCCAAAUCCGGCAUAUUCUGCUUCUGAUAGAAAUCGCUCGAGCAAAUAAGCUCCAUAUUUGCAAGAAAGAGAGAAACAGCACGGUUUUGACUCUUAAGCUCGUAAUUCGAUCACUCCACUUACCUAGCGUUCAGUGCAAUUCCAGUUAGUAGAACUGAAAGAUGGAUGAUAUUUUGGUUGCUGUACUUUCAAUGCUGCUUAUAUUUGGUUUAGUUCCGUUGUUUUUGUGGAAACGUCGUCAGGAUUCUAAAGCUGCUGAUAGGCAUGAAGAAGAGCGUCAGGCUCCUCAGGGUGAAAAUGUGGUUGGCGCUACUGGGGCUCGUCGUAUGCGUAGGAGGCCAGCGGCUAGGGCUAGUACAUCUUCAGCUGCAGCAGCUGUUGAAGAGAUAGGUGAUGAGAGUGAUGAUGAGGACGCGGAGGUUGAGAAUGAAGCUAGGGGAGCAAGGAAAAAAGAUAAGAAACGACAAGAACGUGAAGCACAAAGACAGGCUGAACAAGCUUCACGCGACUCAAGGCUACACAAGCAAGAUCGUUAUGCAGAAUCACGAAGAAGGAAAGACGAAGAACGUGAAGCAGAAGAGCAACGGCUGGAAGAAGAAGCUAAGGCUCGACAAGCUAAGGAAGAGGCAGCUGCUGCAUUAGAGUUUGAUAAGUGGAAAGGGGCAUUCUCAAUUGAUGCUGAGGGCACCACAGAAAAUGAAGCGCAAGAGAGUCAGGAUUUACUUUCUGACUUUGUGGAAUACAUUAAGAAGCAAAAGUGCGUACCCCUGGAAGACCUAGCUGCAGAGUUUAGGAUGAGGACUCAGGAAUGCAUUAAUCGUAUCACAGCCCUAGAAAAAAUGGGAAGGCUUUCAGGCGUCAUGGACGAUAGAGGAAAGUACAUAUAUAUCUCAAUUGAAGAAAUGAAAGCUGUUGCUGAUUAUAUUAAGCGUGAAGGCAGGGUUAGCAUAUCACAUUUGGCUAGCAAAUCCAACCAGUUCAUUGACUUGGAGCCUAAAGUUCAGUAUGAGGAGAUCGUCAGUGUAGAUGAAAUUGUAGCCGCUUGAUUUUGCACCUAGUUCAGAGCGCUCGACUUACAUGGUAGCAGAAGAAGAGCAGCAGGAAACAUGAAAGAAAAUAGGUGACUAACUUGUUUCACGUCUUUGUUCAGUUUUGCGUGUAUGUAAUUACACCAGUAAAAAGAGAGAAAUAGGUUGGGAAAAUGGGUUAAAAAAAAGAGAAAAGAAAAGGGCUUUAGUAAACUCCAACCUGUUAAUGUAACAUCAACUUAGAUAUUGCUUCUUCUUCUAAUCAAGAAUUACUCUUACUCGAAA